AUGUGCAUGUUGCAUGCAGCUGGUACUAAUAUGUUCGCCGCCAUACAGGAUCAAGAUGUAGCAUUUGAUCGCCAAGGCCUCCAACUCUCCACAGAAAAAACAAAAUACAGUUCACCUUUUUCCGGGACAUCCUUUUCCCCUCCCUUUUACUCACCUGAGGCGGCCCGCCCUCUUCUCUCGCGCUGAUUUGUAAGCAAAUCACUGCUUUUAUUACCCCCUUUCGUAUGUAACCAGCCUCCAUGGGUAUUGUGCAGUCAUAUUUUUCAAUAGAACACACAAGAAGCUGCCCAAAAGUGAUUGGAAUACUACCAAUUACGUAUGACAGUAUCGAACAUAUAGUAAGUGAGCACCCGUGAUCGUCAGGAUUGUCGUAGACUCGUAGUAGUCUACUUUGUCGGACUGAACAAAAGUCUUCAC